AUGGAAAGCGAAACCAAUGCAACCGGUUCACUAAUGGCGGCCGCAAACGAUCCGGCCGCACCCAGAGCGACCCGGAACAAGAAGCGCCGGCAGCGAAGGCGUAGGCAGGUGAGGUCUGAUGUCAAUCCAGACCUCCCUCCUCCCGCAUCUACCAUCGAAACAGCGCCCUCCACCUCAGUGACUGCCCCGAUUAUACCAGCGCGUCAAGAGACAAAGAGAGCCCCCCUGUCCGCUACGGGCAGUAAAGUCAAACCCCCAGCGUCCGAGCAAGCUACUGCGUACGCAGUACCCAUAGCGGAGGUCGUACAGAUCCUGCAGGAGAUCUUAGCGGCCGUCCAGGAAGGCCGAGUCAAAGAGAUCAUCCCGACCAUCCUCAGAGCCCUGACCAAGCUCUUAGUUCGAUAG